UUAUAUGUAAUAUUUUAUUUUACACUCACCUUCCUAUUUGCAUUGUAAAUUGAAAUUUAUAUCGUUAUACAUUCUUAGUACAUAAGAUUUAUUAACUCAGUAAUUAAUUAUGUAUAAUUACUAUUUUUACUUUAUAACAGGCUACUUACUUUUAAAAGUAAAACUUCUAGUAGUUUUAUCAGUACUGUAACAUAUUCACCUCCCUAAGCGCAAAUUAAAAGUACGCCUACGUCAUAAAGUUUGUCCUAGAACUUAUGCUAAUAUCUGAAUAAGUUUUCCAUUUAAAUCGUUUUAGGGAAAAAUCGUACCAUGGGGGAAGCGUUGGUAAAUGCGAAAAUGAAAACACUAGGCUGUUUUCUAAGAAAUGAUGGUGUAGAUUGCAUGUGUUUGUUUUGCUCCUAACGUCACCGAGUAUUCGGAGUAGAUUGAGCGUAGCCAAAUGUAACGAGGAGGAGCUGAAUCGCCUCAGGGGGUUCAGUGAGACUCUAAUAUAAAGCGCUUUCCAAUUUCCAAUGAAGGACUGAACAAGUGGUAGUGUGCUGCGCACGGGCACGGGACCAUUUGUUCAUUAUGCCAAUGAAAUUCAGUUUCUAAGGCAGAAAAUGGACUUACAAAGAUCCUCGGAAUCAAAUAUGAUGACUUUUUACAUCUAAAACCACUCAUUGUAUCUAACUUUCUUUGUUACAUAGAUACAUUGGAACAAAUCGAUCAACUACAGUAUCAAUAAAGGAUAGAUAGCUUAAGUUGUAUUUCCUAAUAGGACGAUUACAUGGCUGCCCUGGUUAGCGUUUACACGCCGUGGCCCGAAAACUUUGAUCGCUCCGCGGGAGAUGGGGAUCCGUCUGAAGGGCAGGCAGCGCGCAGAGCCCCGGCCGACAAGAGAUCGGAGCCGCGCAUCAGGAGACCCAUGAACGCGUUUAUGGUUUGGGCUAAAGACGAGCGAAAAAGGCUGGCUGUUCAGAACCCCGAUCUUCACAAUGCGGAGCUGAGCAAAAUGUUAGGAAAGUCUUGGAAGGCUCUCACGCCCCUUCAGAAAAGGCCAUACGUGGAGGAGGCGGAGAGACUGCGGUUGCAGCACAUGCAGGACUACCCCAACUAUAAGUACCGUCCUCGGCGGAAGAAGCAGCUGAGGCGUGUCUGCAAGCGCGUGGAGCCCGGCUACCUCCUCAGUGGCCUGUCCCCAGAUAAGAACGCUCUCCAAGCGGCUUGCGGCCGCCAUCUUGCCUUGGAUAAGGAAGAGCAGGCCUCCUUCUCCCCCAAUCCCAUCCCACAAGCUAUUGGGAGUUUCAGAGAUCCAUCCACAGCCAGUGGCACCUUCAAAGCCUCCCCCUGUAGUCUGCCCCCUCCUCCAGAAGUCUUCCAACUGGCCAGCCUUGAUGAGGACUCUUCCUCUCUCUACUCAACCUCUUCCACCUGCCCCGAGGAUCCGCUCCCUAUGCCACCUUAUUCCCAGAAUUCUCCUCAAUAUACUGGGCCACAUCCUGAACAAAUAUCAAGCAGUUCAACACUGAUCUCCACCCAAAAUUCCAGUCCGCUUACUUUUUCCUACUACAGCUUCUCAUACCCGCCGAUGAGUCACAGUCUUCACCGGCAUCUGGGACAAGUUUCACCACCUUCAGAGCACAACAGCCUAGAGACCCUGGAUCAGCUCAGCCAGGUGGAGCUCCUGGCUGAAGUGGACAGGGAUGAGUUUGACCAGUACCUAACAUCUGUGGAGUCCCACAGUCAAGGUGCAGUGACUGUGACAGGACACAUUCAGACGCCAUCUCCUUCCUGUAGCAGCAGUAUCUCAGAGACCAGCAUCAUAUCUGUCCUAGCAGAUGCCACAGCAGCCUAUUACAACAACUACAGCAUUUCCUAAAUCCAGUGCUUUUACGUAUUAUCCUCACUCAGACUGAUUUUAUACGAAUUCCGAUAAAAACAAUCUUUUGCAGAGAUAUAACAGGACAGUUGUCAAACGUGUGCUACUUAAUUGUUUUUACUGUUUAUGUUAAUUUUUUAUUUCAUAAGUUAAAUCACCAUUCUCAUAUUCUGUCUUUGAAAUAUUUUACCUCAACAGCUAUAAAGAUGAAUAAAACAUUUUAUAGGAACUGAAACAAGAAAACAAUUAUUGCAGUUCAUUUUUGGUUUAAGUUCUUUAUAUUGUCAAGAAAAUAUUAACAGCAUUGAUUUUUUUUAUGUUGUAUUUUUUUGUUAGAGUUUGUUAGAGUUUGUAACACGAUAUAAAUUAUUAUAUAAACUGGUGAUGCAAAGUCAUGUCAUUUCAUCCAGGAAAUUUUAAGUAUCAAAUGAAAAGGGAUUAAGAAAGUCACAAACAUUUUUUUGGAAGAAAUCAAAGUAUUUUAAUAAGCAAAACAAUUGAAGUGAAUGAAGCAUAUCUUGAAAUUUUUCACUGUGCUCAGUAAUUGGUAUGUAAAAUGGCCUUUAAUGUGAUCUACUGAGAGUGAUUUGGUGACAUAAAAUAAUUAAAAACGAAGU